CAUUUUUUGAGGAAUUGUGGUGUAGAUUAAUUUAUUCGUUUUAAAGUCAGGUGUGAGUUUUAGAUGAAAGCAGGGGUAUAUAAAGGAGCAUUCAUGUCAACAUUGGGCUAGAAAACGAUUAAAUAAAUGAACAAUGAAACAAUAACAAUUUACUGAAUAUAACAAGCUUUAACGUGUCAAUAACAGUGUAGUGCAAACAAACGAAACUCAUUCGCUGUGUGACUGAAGUGAAAAACAAAACAACGGUAAAAAAAUGUUUGUGCAAGUAUAAAAACAACAACAAAAAAUUUUGUAAAGUUGAUUUUUUUAUAGUGAUUGUGUUGAGUGAGGGUAGUGUGUUAUGGUGGGAGGAGUAGUAACAGCAUGACCACGUGGAUGGCGCUGUUCGGGCUAGUGUGGCUGCUCCGCGUGCGUGGUUCGCUCUGCGGCUGCGCGGCGUGCAGGCGAGCGCGCCACGAUGCGCAGGAGAUCCAGUGCGCUCCUAGCCCGCGCGCGCCCAGCCCCGAAGAGCAAGCCCCGUUUGACGUCAUCACACUGGAGCAUUACACCCGUGACGUCACUGUACAGACUGACUUCGACGAUGAAGACGUCGAGGAUCUCGACAAAAUCGAGAUGCAGAUAUCUGAAGAAUCCAACGUUGGGAAUUACGAGUGCGGGCGGGAGCAGUCAACACAUAGUCCAGUAAGUGGUCAGCAAGCGAGUAGCUUCCAGUGUCCUUCGGAUGCAGACAGCGAGGCAGUGUGGGAGACAGCUGAUGUGACAUUGGAACGGGGUGCUAGUGGGCUCGGCCUUAGUAUAGCGGGCGGGGAAACUGGCAGUGACGUCAGCAUAACGCGACUAGCAGUUGGUGGUGCCGCGCAAAAAGAUGGAAGAUUGCAAAUAGGAGAUAUUUUAUUACAAGUAAAUGACAUUUCUGUGGAAGGGGCGCCACAUUCAGUCGCGGUUGAUGCUCUUCAAAAAGCUGGAAGCGUCGUUAGAUUACGAGUGCGACGAGCUCGAAGACCUAGGGUGGUGACUCUAUGGCGUGGAGUAAGAGGUCUUGGCCUUGGUAUUGCUGGUGGGGCUGAUGAUGCAGCAGGUGGAGGAGGCAUCUUCGUAUCUCAUAUUGCCGUAGGUGGAGCUGCCCACCAUGAUGGAAGAUUAAGACUGGGCGAUAAAAUUUUGGCUGUUAGGGAUAAAGAUGGUAUUGAAACAUCUUUAAUUGGUGCAACGCACGCUCAUGCAGUAUCUGCUCUAAGAAGUACAGGAGACCAAGUCACGCUCAUAGUAUUAUCAGCAGGCUCUGUACCACCAGUCGCUAAAACAGCUCCAUUAUACUCAACCAAAACUCAAGCCACGUCGUGUUCAACGCUCCACGAGUUAUUAGAAGAGGAACCAAGUGAAAUACCGAGAUGUGUCCGCAUGGUCAGGCUUGUACGGUCUGGCUCACGCCUCGGCAUGGACAUCGUCGGAGGGCUGGGAGGAGAGGUGGAAGGGAACACGGAUGAGGACGCCUGUGGAGUGUUCGUGUCGGGUGUUUCUGUAGGUGGGGCCGCCUACGGCAUGCUACAUAGAGGCGACAGGAUACUAAGUGUCGACGGCAGAGACCUCACGAGGGCUACGCAUGAACAAGCCGCAGCUGCACUGAAGCAGUACUCGGGAGCCACAGUGACAAUAGCGGCGCAGUAUCAGCCGGAACAGUAUGAGAGGUUACGAGCACGCAUCCGAGCGAUCAACGCAGCGGCCGCCAUGUCCCCUCGCUCGAGACACGUUCCUGUGCAUCCUGACCUACACACUAUGUACCCAAGAUAGCAGUGAGCUGCUUGUGAAGCUGACCAUUUAAUAAGAACUGAGAAUUAGUUAGUGACAAAUUUAUUACUAUGUAUGAUAAACAAUAAAAAAUAUCAAUUUGAAUAAAUGUGGCCGAACGGCAUCCCUUUUUAUCAAACUGUUUAUUGAUAAAUCCUCUACAUUUAGUGGCUCUGACAUAUUUACAUUACUUGUUUCGAUAUAUUGCCAAGCAAAAAGUUUCAAUCAAUCCCUUAUCCGCUCAGUAACCAAAGUCAGAUACCUACAAUCUUUUCCUAGAGGCUUAUAGAUCACGAACACCCAUAAAACUCCCUUUUCGCAUGUCGAUGUUUGGCAAACGUCAGUACACACGAUUGUGUAGAGACCAUGAUUGUUUGUAUUCGGCCAAGUUUGCCUGCAAGUUUCCGGUUUAGUCCUGCGAAUUUUCGGGUUUUCAAUCCAGAACAUAGCAAUUUGGACAGUAGUACGCGCGCUCGCUUCCGUCAGUGGUUGAAUAUUCGCCGCGUACCCAGAAAUGUGAAAAAGAGGUCUUAAAAUGAAGAAAUAAUACGCAAGCUGAAACGGCUCGUGCGACAUAGCGUGUCGACCCUAACCCAUCGUUCCCGAGACAUCCAGCAGACGUGUCCCACUGAAUCCCACUUGAGCCCGACUGACUUAUUACCCGCAUCGCCGAUACCUGAAUAAAGACGUAAGCUUCGGUUAUGUAAAUAUAACUUGGCACCGGGUAUUGGGUGCCGCCAUACUACUUACAGACAUUUUGUUCUCUCGUUUUUAAAUUGAAAUAUGUAAAUGUCAUGCUUUAUUACCGUGUGGUAUUUUAAGCCUUAAAAAUAAUUACAUAGAGGUACUGCUUCUUUGACAAGCUUUUUAGGGUUAUUUUAGUUUACAGUGUGAGAGCCACUUACACAAACUGUACAUAUUGUUCGGAAGAUUUAUUAAUCUUCAUACUAAUAUUGUAAUCAUUGUAAAUUCUUAACUAAGACUAUUUCCAAUGUAAGUUGUUACACGUAAUCUUUUUGGACUGUGAUAUUAAAUUAACAUUCGUAUUGUCAUUGUACGGUAAAAUUGAAACUGAAUAUACGACAUUGGAAUGA